AUCACUAGAAAAUAUAAAAAUGGCACCAGUCGAAGGCAAAAAGGGUUUUUCAUGGAGUAACAUUGCUGUUGGUAGUGUAAUGAACUUAUUCGAGGUCUCCACUCUUGGACAAGGUUUAGAAGUCUUGAAGAGUACCUUGGCAGCUGAUAGAUCUUUAACUAUGAAGCAAGCCGUACAAAGAAUCUACUCCCGUGGUGGUGUUGCUGGUUUCUACCAGGGUUUGAUACCAUGGGCCUGGAUUGAAGCCUCCACAAAGGGUGCCGUCCUUUUGUUCACUGCUGCUGAAAUUGAGAAAUACUCCGUCACAGCGGGUGUUAGCCCCGCCGCCGCCGGCUUGCUCGGUGGUAUGGGUGGUGGUAUCGCCCAGGCUUACGCCACUAUGGGUUUCUGUACCUGCAUGAAAACUGUCGAAAUCACGAGACACAAAGAAGCCGCAUCAGGUGUCCCUCCACCAUCAACUUGGAAGGUCUUUGGUGAUAUCUACAAGGCAGAAGGUAUUGCAGGUAUCAACAAGGGUGUAAACGCUGUUGCCCUCCGUCAAAUGACAAACUGGGGUUCAAGAAUGGGUUUUGCUAGACUCUCAGAGAGUUUGAUCAGAAAAGCUAGAGGAAAGACUGAUGGUGAGAAGCUCAACUUGCCAGACAAGGUUGCUUCUGCAACUAUUGGUGGUGCACUCGCUACAUGGAACCAACCAAUUGAGGUUGUCAGAGUUGAAAUGCAAUCUAUGCUCAAGGGAAGUGAUCCAAACAAGCCAAAGGGUGUUGUUGGCACUUUCAAUCACAUCUACAAGGAAAGUGGUAUCAACGGUCUCUACCGUGGUGUCACCCCAAGAAUCGCCCUUGGUAUUUGGCAAACCAUCUGUAUGGUUACCUUCAGUGACAUGGUCCGUGAAGCCCUUGGUGCCAAGUAGACUGUCUGCACUUAUAUCAAUCUGUCAUUAGUUGGAAAUAUCACAAAAGCAUGUUUAUAAAGUUUUU